UUUGAAUUGCAUACAAAUGUCUUCGAAAAUCGUAAACGUUUCUGAAGUGAAAAAAAAGCUUAAGAGUGUAAUAGAAAAUUUAAAGUAUUUGGAAAGUAACAAAGAAGAUGCGGAAAAUUUUUUACCUAUACAGCAAAAAAUAUUCUGCAUGCUUAAUGAAGUAGAAGCUCUUCCUUUGAAAGCUAUUAAAUCGCGAAUAGAAAAACGAAAAAAAAGAAGACAGAAGAUUAAAUUAAAAAAAAAAAAAAUUAAACUUAUAAACAUUGAAUUAGCAAGAACUGCAAAACCAAUAAGCAGCCAUAAUCAAGAAGCCACACUUAAUAAAAUAGAAAAGCAUUUAACAACUAAAAGAAGCUAUCAGCAAUUAAAAACAAUAUAUGAAGGCCAACGUUUCCUUAAAAUUUUUAAGUUACUUGAAAAUUUACACCUAAGUCGAGGGCAAAGUGCAGAUGAAACUAAAAGAUUUGCACAAAAAUUUCAACGUUUAAUAACUGUAUGGAAGACUAUUAUUCUAGAGAAGCAAAAUUGUAAUGAAACCUUAGAAAAUCAAUGGAACACAGCACUAUUUGGUAGUCCGUCAUCUAACCACCACCACCUUGAUCUGGAGAAUUUCUUGCGCAGAAGGACAAUUUGGGAUUCUUUUAUAUCAUCUAAAGGUUCUUCCAUACCGCCAGGUUGGAUAUUGCCACCACACCACGCAAAUAACGAAUGGUCUGCACAUCUUUGCUCUUCAUAUCCUUAAUAUAUUUAUUUAGA